CAAAAACUAACUAAACGGAGAAGAACAAUGAGGAUAUGCACGUUAGUUAAGAUCACCAAGGGAAUGUGGCUGGGAGUUAGCCUUGGGAUUAUGCUAUGUGUCUUGGCCUUGAUGAAACUGACGAAUAAAGAGUCCUUAUUAUUAGGUGCGGACAAGAAACCAAGAGAAACUCCUGACAGAGUAUUGGUAAUCUACGCCUACACUGAAAUAUCAGAUUGGAAACAUGAUAUAAGGAAAAACAAUUUGCAAUUUUUCAUUGAUUUCGCAAUAAACGGUAAACACCAAGGUAGCGAUGUUGAUUACGUCUUUGUUGUAAAUGGAUACAACUAUAGUAUUGAUAUCCCUGCAUACAACAACACAUACGUGAUCGUUCGGGAAAACACUGGCUUUGACGCAUGCGCAUGGAAGGAAGCUCUGCUUCAGAUGAAAAAGUUGAAAGGAGAAUAUUGGUAUAAAUUCUUCGUGCUAUUAAAUGCAUCUGUUAGAGGACCUUUUAUACCUCCUUACGCUAAUGAUAAACAUUGGAUCACCUACUUUACGAAAUAUCUAAACGAUGACACAAAAUUAGUGGGUACGAGCAUUUGCUGUUCAAAGAAGCAUCCCGUACAUCUCCAAUCCAUGUUUCUCGUCACAAGCAUUUCGGGAUUAAGAAUCCUGGAACAAGAUGUGCUCAGAUGCUACAAGGAAAAAAUUUCAGUUAUUGAAAAUGUCGAAAAAAAGUCGUCACAAGUUUUUCUAAAAAGAGGCUUUAAUAUUGUGUCACUCUUGAAACAAUGGGAAGACCACGAUUUUCGAGACAAGAAUUUGACUGAUGAAAUGUGUAAAAAGCACAACAAGAAAAAAGGAGAUCCAUAUAUUCCAAAUACAUAUUAUAAUAACAUUGAUAUUUCUCCAUUCGAAGUCAUAUUUUUCAAAAACAACAAAGGUGCGAAUCAGAAAACACAUGAUGCAUACACACAAAUGAUGUUGGAAUGGAAACAAAAAUAUUCAAGCCAGAAACCAAUGGGUUAUAUUACAAAAGAUUCUAGAAAUUACAUCCACUUGUGAUUUUGUAUUUUCAUUGGAAUCAUCAGUCAGUUUCGGUAAAUGAGUUACAAUGAACAAUUCAUUUGUUUUUCAAUAUUAACUGAGAAUGGUGCCACGAUUAAAUUGAACUUUUUGUCGAUUUAUUCAAUAAACCUAUCAUCAAACGUGUAAAUGAUAAUUUGGUCUUCUGUCAUGUAUUGGUGAAGCAAUCAUGAAUAAGACCCUGCAAAUGUACGAUGAUGCGAGUAUAUUCCUUAAAUUUGCAUUUGGUGGUGGUUGGAAAGAUAACAAGAGUAAAAUUGGCCAAUAUAAGGAUUUCAGUAUGGGACCAUGUGGUUGCUAGCCAAAUAUAUGAAGUCAAAAUUAAACAUCCUCCGUACGCCGGGCUUCAAAAUCCAGAAUAUAGUCUAAGAAGGAUGUACGGAUUCUGGAC